UCCCUCUCCCUCUUCUUCUUCCUUCUCCCCCGUCGCCCUUUUUCUUCUUCCUUCUUUUUUAUUUUAAUUCGAUCUUCGCUCCUUCAGCUGGUUUUCUCCCCAGCUUCCCUCUUUUUUCCUCCUUUUCUUUUCCCCCGACUUGUUUACUCGCUUGGGAGGGCGAACAGUCAUCAUGAGCGGACUCCGUUUCCUCGAUUUGAUCAAACCUUUUACGCCCCUCCUUCCGGAGGUGGCAGCCCCGGAGACCAAGGUUCCCUUCAACCAGAAGCUCAUGUGGACGGGCUUGACCUUGAUGAUCUUCCUGGUUAUGAGUCAGAUGCCUCUGUAUGGUAUCGUCUCUUCCGACACCUCGGAUCCCCUGUACUGGCUGCGUAUGAUGCUGGCCAGUAACCGGGGUACCCUGAUGGAAUUGGGUAUCACCCCCAUCAUCUCCUCCGGCAUGGUUUUCCAGCUCCUCGCUGGUACCCACCUCAUCGAUGUCAACCUGGACCUGAAGACCGACCGUGAGCUCUACCAGACCGCCCAGAAGCUGUUCGCCAUCAUCCUGUCCUUUGGCCAGGCUUGUGUGUACGUCCUGACUGGUCUCUAUGGCCAGCCCAGCGACCUCGGUGCCGGUAUCUGCGUUCUGCUGAUCGUCCAGCUGGUUGUCGCCGGUCUGGUCGUCAUCCUGCUGGACGAGCUGCUGCAGAAGGGCUACGGUCUCGGCAGCGGUAUCUCGCUGUUCAUUGCCACCAACAUCUGCGAGUCGAUCGUGUGGAAGGCGUUCUCGCCCACGACCAUCAACACUGGCCGUGGCCCCGAGUUCGAGGGUGCCAUCAUCGCCCUGUUCCACCUUCUGUUGACCUGGUCCGACAAGCAGCGUGCUCUGCGUGAGGCCUUCUACCGCCAGAACCUGCCCAACGUCAUGAACCUGCUCGCCACUCUGGCCGUCUUCGCCGCCGUCAUCUACCUGCAGGGCUUCCGUGUGGAGAUCCCCGUCAAGUCCUCGCGCCAGCGUGGCAUGCGUGGCUCGUACCCCGUCCGCCUGUUCUACACCUCGAACAUGCCCAUCAUGCUGCAGUCCGCCCUGUGCUCCAACAUCUUCCUCAUCAGUCAGAUGCUGUACUCGCGCUUCUCGGAUAACAUCCUCGUCAAGCUUCUCGGAGUGUGGGAGCCCCGCGACGGAUCUGCCCAGCUGCAUGCCGCUUCCGGUAUCGCCUACUACAUGUCCCCUCCUCUGAACUUCAAGGAGGCGCUCCUCGACCCCAUCCACACCGCUGUCUACAUCGCCUUCAUGCUCGUUGCCUGCGCCCUGUUCUCCAAGACCUGGAUCGAGGUCUCCGGCUCCGCUCCCCGUGAUGUCGCCAAGCAGCUCAAGGACCAGGGUCUGGUCAUGGCCGGUCACCGUGAGCAGAGCAUGUACAAGGAGCUGAAGCGUGUCAUCCCGACCGCUGCUGCCUUUGGUGGUGCCUGCAUUGGCGCUCUCUCCGUUGCCUCGGACCUUCUCGGUGCCCUGGGCAGCGGUACUGGUAUCCUUCUCGCUGUGACGAUUAUAUACGGAUACUUCGAAAUCGCCGCCCGCGAGGGUGACAUCGGCGGUGGCCUCAAGGGCCUCGUCCCCGGCAACUAAACCGGUUCCCCUGAUAUUUGAUGAUUGCAUAGGCAAGGGAGAUUGAGGGUUUUGUUUUGAUGUUUCUAUGUUCUUCCGUUCCUUCCCAGGUGGUGCGCUGCCGUGGCUGGCUGGUGUCCGGAUUUAGGGAUCUGUAGUUUACUUCAGUGUUUUGGAGAGUGGUCGGAAAAGUUGAAGCCUCGGCUGUAUAUAGCAUCCACCUGGUUUGUAACCAUAUUCCACAAAAGAUCUGAAAAUUACGAAUACAUUAAUUGGUCAUCAC